AUGCUAGACUGUACUCGGCAUUUCAAAGCUGAGCUUGAAAAUCGUUGUGCUAAACUAAAUGAAAAGUUAAAUGUUGGAAAAACUGAACACCUUUCUUACAAAAUCCUGAAUGAGGAGUGCUUUUCUGCACAAAUUCCAGGUAUUUCGUUCGAUCAGGUGAUUACGCGUGCUUGCCAGCGAGAUCCAACCUUGAGAUACUGCAUCGAAGCGAGAGAUCGAAAUAUCACAAGUGCUUCCGGAGGACGAUCACAAUAUGCUUCCAAAAACACUGGAAGAAUCUUACCAGAGGAUGAUCCUGGUAGCAGAGUUUUCAACCGAUUGCUUGCUGAUCCAGUAGCUGAAAAAGAAGUAUUUCGAUCGUCGACGCGCGAACUCCCGCUGCACGAGGCAUCAUCAGCAAGCACCGAAACUAAUGACCCAUUCUGUGACGAGGACGAAGAUCGUUACAACCACUAUUGCCAUGACGUUAUUGAGCGGUCAUCCAGCACUCAGCAGGAACUAUUCAAAUACUGCAUCGACUACGAGAUAAAAUGCCCACAUAAGACUGUCAACAAAAAGGUGCAGUGA